CGGAGGAGAGGAGAACAGCUUCUCCAGACACUGAGACACGGAGGACCAUCACAGAGAGCAGCUGGUUCACCAUUUAUAAGUUGUUCUCCAAGAAGGUUUGCAAUAUAUGAAAGGAGAAAGAGUGGAUAUUUACGUCGCUCGGGAUUAAGGACGUGAGGAGCUGGAGCGUGCUCAGUGAGGUUGGGAAGACGUCAUCAUGACUGUCUCCACUCAACUGGGUUUACUGCUUUGGAAAAACUUCACCUACAGACGGAGACAGACUGUCCAGCUGCUGAUUGAGAUCAUCUGGCCUCUGUUUAUCUUCCUCAUCCUGAUCUCUGUCCGAAUUCAUUAUCCACCCUACGAGCAGCAUGAAUGCCAUUUCCCUAACAAGGCUAUGCCCUCGGCGGGUACGUUGCCGUGGGUACAAGGCAUCAUCUGUAACGCCAACAACCCCUGCUUCCGUAAUCCCACCCCAGGCGAGAGUCCCGGGGUGGUGGGAAACUUCAAUGAUUCUAUAAUCUCCCGUUUGUUCACUGAUGCCCAGAAAAUCCUGCUCUACAGUCAGAAGGAUAAAAGCUACGAUGGCUACACGGGACUGCUAAGGGCUCUCAGAAAGAUGCAGGAGAACACUGCUCGUUUCAAGCUGAAGGACUUUUUGCAAGACAAUGAGACCCUUUCCCACUUCCUUCACAACAACGCCUCCCUUCCUCGUUACGUGCUGAAGCAGAUAGUGGAGGCUGACGUCAACCUGGAGAAGGUGCUGACUAAAGGUUUUGGCUUCCAUCUCAGAGACCUCUGUAACACAACGUCCCUGGAGGAAUUUGUCCACAUUGCUGAUCACAACGUUUCCCGUCAGAUUCAAGAAAGUAUCUGCAAUUCCACCAGCGAUUGGCUUGACAAGGCCCAGAGCCACUUCCUGUCCAACUUGGACUUCUUCAAACCCAUUCGGGAUGUGAGGUCGGACCCUAAAGUGGUCCAGGAAGUCUCAGCAGCGACCGACAGUCUUCUGGAGAGCCUGGGAGCAUUGGCCACGGAGCUUGCCAGUAUGAAGAGUUGGAAGGACAUGCGUAAGGAGAUCUUGUAUCUAACUGUGAACGCCACAGGAUCUCCAAACCAGAUGUACCAGGCCGUGUCACGUAUCGUCUGCGGACACCCCGAGGGAGGCGGCCUCAAAAUCAAGUCUCUCAACUGGUAUGAAGACAACAACUACAAGGCCCUGUUCGGAAACCAUGGCAACGACAGUGACAGUGACCACCCCUCAUCUUACGACAACACUUCAACUCCCUAUUGUAACAACAUGAUGCGUAGCCUGGAGUCCAGCCCCAUUUCAAGGAUGAUCUGGAGAGCUCUGAAGCCUCUGCUCAUGGGGAAGAUCCUGUACACCCCAGAUACUCCGGCCACACAGAGAAUCAUCCACGAGGUUAAUAAGACCUUCCAGGAACUCGGCCUGCUGAGGGACCUCGGAGGGAUGUGGGAGGAGAUGAGGCCCAAAGUGUGGAAUUUCAUGGAAAAUGGAGAGGAAAUUGAUAUGGUCAGGACGCUGCUCCAGAAUAGCGCCAGUGCCGCAUUCCUUAACAACCAGCUCAGUGGGACUGAGUGGCGUGUGUCAGAUUUGUCCGCCUUCCUGUCGAAAGUCUCAGAAGACAAAAGACCUGCAGGAUCCACCUACACUUGGAGAAACGUCUUCAACGAAACCGACCAGGCCAUUCUGACCAUCUCACGCUUCAUGGAGUGUGUGAACCUGGACAAGCUGGAGCCAGUAGCCAAUGAGGAGCGACUGGUCAACAAGUCCAUGGGUCUUCUGCACAACCAGAAGUUCUGGGCUGGAAUCGUGUUUCCUGACAUCGCCCAUGGCAACAGCACUGAACUGCCUCCCAACGUCAACUACAAGAUCCGCAUGGACAUCGAUAAUGUGGAGAGGACCAACAAGAUCAAGGAUGGUUAUUGGGACCCCGGUCCCAGGGCAGACCCCUUCGAGGACCUUCGUUACAUCUGGGGCGGAUUUUCUUACCUGCAGGACGUCAUCGAGCAGGGAAUCAUCCGAGCCAUCACUGGCACAAAAGAGAAGACAGGAAUCUACAUCCAGCAAAUGCCCUACCCCUGCUUUGUUGAUGACAUGUUCCUGAGGGUGAUGAGUCGGUCCAUGCCUCUCUUCAUGACCCUGGCGUGGAUGUACUCUGUGGCCAUCAUCAUCAAGGGCGUCGUAUAUGAGAAGGAGGCCCGCCUCAAAGAGACCAUGAGGAUCAUGGGACUGAAUAACGGAACCCUGUGGCUGAGCUGGUUCAUCAGCAGUUUGAUCCCACUUCUGAUCAGCGCCGGCUUGUUGGUGGUGUUAUUGAAGAUGGGCAACCUGCUGCCUUACAGUGACCCAGGCGUAGUGUUUAUUUUCCUGGCAUCCUUCGGCAUUGUUACCAUCAUGCAGUGUUUCCUCAUCAGCACUCUCUUCUCUCGCGCCAACCUGGCAGCCGCCUGCGGUGGCAUCAUCUACUUCACCCUCUACCUGCCCUACGUGCUGUGUGUCGCCUGGCAGGACUACGUGGGCUUUGGAGCAAAACUCAUUGUGAGUCUGCUCUCUCCUGUGGCGUUCGGUUUUGGCUGUGAGUACUUCGCCCUGUUUGAGGAGCAAGGGGUGGGCAUCCAGUGGUCCAACUUGCUGGCCAGCCCCCUGGAGGACGACAGCUACAACCUGACCACCUCCAUCUCCCUCAUGCUGUUUGAUGCUGUGCUCUACGGAAUAAUGACCUGGUACUUUGAAGCUGUGUUCCCUGGUCAGUAUGGGAUCCCCAGGCCGUGGUAUUUCCCUUUCACUAAGUCGUACUGGUGUGGAGAGAAAGAAAACCCCAACAUCUCCACCCCUCUGUCAAAGAAGGGCAACGCUGAAGUUUGUAUUGAGGAAGAACCAAGCCACAUCGAGCCAGGUGUUUACAUCGAGAAUCUGGUGAAGGUGUACAGCCAUGGAAACAAGCUGGCUGUAGACGGGCUGUCCCUGAGGUUCUAUAAGGGACAGAUUACCUCCUUCCUCGGACACAAUGGAGCUGGCAAGACCACCAUUAUGUCAAUCCUCACAGGGUUGUUUCCACCCACAUCUGGCACCGCCUAUAUCCACGGGAAGGACAUCCGCAGCGAACUCAGCACCAUCAGGCAGAAUCUGGGCGUCUGUCCGCAGCACAACGUACUUUUCAGCAUGCUGACAGUCGAGGAACACAUCUGGUUCUACGGCCGUCUGAAGGGGCUGUCCGAGGAAAAGGUGAAGGCAGAGAUGGAACAGAUUGUGAACGAUGUCGGACUGCCUCACAAACGAAACGCUCGCACCCACACCCUGUCUGGAGGGAUGCAGAGGAAGCUUUCAGUGGCCCUGGCUUUUGUUGGGGGUUCAAAAGUGGUGAUCCUGGAUGAACCUACUGCUGGAGUCGAUCCCUACGCACGCAGGGGCAUCUGGGACCUGCUGCUCAAAUACAGACAAGGCCGCACCAUCAUCCUCUCCACCCAUCACAUGGACGAAGCUGACAUCCUGGGUGAUCGCAUCGCCAUCAUCUCCCACGGCAAGCUGUGCUGCGUAGGCUCCUCCCUCUUCCUGAAGACCCAGCUGGGCACGGGCUACUACCUGACCCUGGUCAAGAGAGACUACGACCUGGCGCUUCAGUCCUGCAGGAACUCUGCCAGCACCGUGUCCUACAUCAAGAAGGCCGAGAAGGAGGACAGCGUAUCAGAAAGCAGUUCAGAUGCUGGUCUGGGCAGCGAACCGGAGAGUGAAACCACCACUAUUGAUGUGUCGCUUAUCUCCAACCUGAUAUUCAAACAUGUCAAAGAGGCUCGCCUGGUUGAGGACCUUGGCCACGAAAUCACCUACGUCUUGCCCUACGAAUCUGCUAAAGACGGAGCCUUUGUCGAGCUUUUCCACGAGCUGGAUGACAGACUCACCGACCUUGGAAUAUCCAGCUAUGGAAUAUCUGAUACCACCCUGGAAGAGAUUUUCUUGAAAGUUGCUGAGGACAGUGGAGUGGAUGCUGUUGAGCUUUCAGAUGGAGUCGUUCCAACCAGGACUCGUCGCCAUCAUGCAUUCGGAGACCACCAGAGCUGCCUGAAGCCCUUCACUGAAGACGACUUUGAUUUCAAUGACUCUGAAGGUAGGCCUUCACUACCCAGGGUUCAAUUCAAUGAAUCCCGUGAGACUGACUGGCUCAGUGGGUCAGAUGGAAAAGGCUCAUACCAGGUUAAAGGCUGGAGUCUGAAGAGACAGCAGUUUGUUGCUCUCCUCUGGAAACGAUUCCUCUACGCUCGGCGCUCCAGGAAAGGCUUCUUUGCUCAGAUUGUUCUCCCGGCCGUGUUUGUGUGUAUCGCCCUGAUAUUCAGUCUGAUUGUCCCUCCGUUUGGAAAGUACCCAAGUCUGUCUCUGGAUAACAGCAUGUAUGGAGAACAGUUUACCUUCAUUAGUAAUGACAUACCUGAAGAUCCUCACAUCAACAAACUACACAGCGCUCUUACAGAACAGCCAGGAUUCGGGACACGUUGCAUGGAUGGACAACCCUCACCGGACAGUCACUGCACUGAAGUUGGGGACGAGUGGUCGGCCCCUCUGGUCUCUCAAAGUGUGAAGGAAAUGUUCGACAAUGGCAACUGGUCUAUGGAGAAUCCCUCCCCCAUGUGUGAGUGCAGCUGUGAAGGACGCAAGAGGAUGCUCCCCGAGUGUCCCGCUGGAGCCGGGGGGCUUCCACCACCAGAGAUGAAGAUCAGUGAGACGGACACUCUUCAGAACUUGACUGGCAGGAACAUCUCAGACUAUCUGGUUAAAACCUACGCUCAGAUCAUUGGCAAGAGCCUAAGGAACAAGAUUUGGGUCAACGAGUUCAGAUACGGUGGGUUCUCGCUGGGCGCCAGGAGUUCUCAGCUUUCAUCCCAUGCAGAUCAGGUUGAUGAAGCGAUCGCUCAGCUGAAGAGACGUUUCCGCCUGGAGAGAGGAACUGCAGCGGAUCGUUUCUUUCAUAGUCUCUCCAAUUUUAUGCAAGGGUUGGACACCAAGAACAACGUCAAGAUCUGGUUCAACAACAAGGGCUGGCACAGCAUCGGUUCUUUCCUCAAUGUGAUGAACAAUGGCAUCCUGCGGGCCAAUCUGCCAUCCGACAAAGACCCCACUAAGUUUGGCAUCACUGCCUCCAAUCACCCGCUCAACCUCACCAAGGAGCAGCUGUCCCAGGUCGCAUUGAUGACGACAUCAGUGGACGUGCUGGUUUCCAUCUGCGUGAUCUUCGCCAUGUCCUUUGUCCCUGCCAGUUUUGUGGUCUUCCUCAUCCAAGAGAGAGUAAACAAAGCCAAGCACAUGCAGUUCAUCAGCGGAGUGCAGCCUCUACUUUACUGGCUGGCCAACUUUGUCUGGGAUAUGUGUAACUACGUCGUCCCAGCCACACUGGUCAUCAUUAUCUUCAUGUGUUUCCAACAAGACUCCUACGUCUCCUCCACCAAUCUGCCCGUGCUGGCGCUGCUGCUGCUGCUCUACGGAUGGUCCAUCACCCCUCUGAUGUACCCGGCCUCGUUCUUCUUUAAGAUCCCCAGCACGGCCUACGUGGUUCUGACCAGCGUGAACAUACUGAUAGGAAUCAAUGGCAGCGUCUCCACAUUUGUACUGGAGCUGUUUGGAAGCAAUGAAAUCGGUGGCAUCAACGACAUCCUGAAGAACGUGUUCCUCAUCUUCCCUCACUUCUGUCUGGGCAGAGGACUGAUCGACAUGGUGAAGAAUCAGGCAAUGGCCGACGCUUUGGAGAGAUUUGGUGAAAACCGGUUCCGCUCCCCUCUGGCCUGGGACAUGGUGGGCAAGAACUUGUUUGCAAUGGCUAUACAGGGAGUGGUCUUCUUCACCAUCACCAUCCUCAUUCAGUACCACUUCUUCUUCAAGGCCAGGUCUUCCACCAGUCAUCUGAAGCCUAUUGGAGAGGAAGACGAGGACGUGGCCAGAGAGCGGCAGAGGAUCCUGAACGGAGGAGGACAUUCAGACAUCCUGGAGAUCAAAGAGCUCACCAAGAUCUACAAGAGGAAACAGAAGCCGGCAGUGGAUCGGCUGUGUGUUGGCAUCCCCCCCGGAGAGUGUUUUGGAUUGCUAGGAGUGAAUGGGGCAGGGAAAACCAGCAUCUUUAAAAUGCUGACAGGAGACUCCACAGUCACCGGGGGAGAGGCCUACCUGGCUGGCAAGAGUGUGACUUCAGAGAUAGACGAGGUGCAUCAGAACAUGGGCUACUGUCCUCAGUUUGAUGCCAUCAACGACCUGCUGACCGGCAGAGAGCACCUCGAGUUCUACGCCAUCCUGAGGGGAGUGCCCGAGAAGGAAGUCUGCGAGGUGGCAGAGUGGGGCAUCCGUAAGCUGGGUUUGGUCAAAUAUGUGGACAAGUCAGCAGGCAGCUACAGUGGAGGCAACAUGAGGAAACUGUCUACUGCCAUCGCUCUCAUAGGAGGACCGCCUGUAGUCUUUUUGGAUGAACCAACGACAGGCAUGGAUCCUAAAGCACGGCGCGCUCUGUGGAACGCCAUCCUGAGCAUCGUCAAGGAGGGACGAUCUGUAGUCCUGACCUCUCAUAGCAUGGAGGAGUGUGAAGUGCUUUGCACCAGAAUGGCCAUCAUGGUCAACGGCAGGUUCCGCUGUCUGGGCAGUGUGCAGCAUCUCAAAAACAGGUUUGGGGAUGGCUACACCAUCAUCCUGCGGGUGGCGGGCCCAGACCCGGACCUCCGGCCGGUGAUGGAGUUCAUCGAGCGGGAGCUCCCAGGCAGCAAUCUGAAGGAGAAACACAGAAACAUGCUGCAGUACCAGCUGCCCACCUCCCUCACCUCGCUCGCCCGCAUCUUCUCCCUGCUCUCUCAGAACAAGGACACCCUGAGCAUAGAGGACUACUCCGUCUCACAGACAACUUUAGACCAAGUGUUUGUCAAUUUCGCCAAGGACCAAAGUGAUGAGGACCAUUUGAAAGACGGCCUUCUACACAAACGGGACGCUGUGGUAGUGGACAUUUCACAGCUGAACACUUUCCUAAAGGACAACACGACCAAGGAGAGCUGCGUCUGAUUCCACAUACCAUCAGGGGGAGUUGCUACGCUUUCCCCCCCCUCCCCCCUCCCAGCAAACAUUGACCACUAACCUGCAGGGGGGAGGAGAACUUUGUUCAUUUUUUAUUUCAAUUUUUUAGUCUUUUUUAAUUGUUAUCAUUUCUCAGUGGACCUGCACUUCAGCGCACAGCCUCUUAAAAAAGGCAGAGGCUGCAGGUAUUGUGACACUGAAACAAUGCAAAUCAAUGCAAGAAAUAUAUAUGAAUAUAUUUAAGAAGAUAUUCCUGUGAGGGUCGAGACCGGUGCUUCUCCUUCACUAGAUGGACAGAAAGAAAGAAACACUUGAAGCGACAGCAGGAUUUAAAUGCUGCACAGGACUGAAGGCUUGGAGCCGCGCUGGUCCCUCAGUGGACACGGCAUGUGGGAUGAAGGAAGGAAAUAUCUCUAGGUUUUUUAUCUCAGUUCCUAAAAGUAGUCAGCAGUAGUCCGUGGGACUGUGUAUGUGCUGCUCUCUAUCGUGAAUACACGACAGCGUUAAACAAAAAACUAAAAAAACUGUUCAGAUCAUUCACUGCCAACGGCUAAAAAGACGGAAUGACUAUUUUUAUAUUCAGGGUCAAAGCUCUCUCGGUCUCUCUUUAUUACCAAGUGCAGUUGUUUUUAUCUUGAAAAUUAUGGUAAAAAAAAAUCACAAUCCAAUUACUUUCAAUCAUAUACAUUUUUGCUAAUUCUGUUAUUGAAAAUAAUUUAAUUCUAAUAGACAAAUGUAACCUCUUUGGAGUUUUUAUUUUUCCUUUCUUGGAUAAUAAUUAAGAUUGAUAACCAAGUUGUCUUUUUAAUUUGUUUUAAUUUGUGUCCUUGACAUUGUCCAGAACAGUGCCUAUACUGUACCAUGGUGGAGAGAGAAAUCUGAGCACUCCAUUAAAACAACAACAAUGUAUGUAGGCUGCCCAGGAAUGUAUAAGACAGAUACCAACAGGCAUCGAAGCACAAAAAAGGGGCUUUUUGUGAAGAUGAUGAAUGAUGCUUGACUGUUCAAAAACAAAAAAAACUAAAAUAUUGUGGUUGCUUGAUGUCUGUACAAGAUGUGCAGUUUGCUACACUGGCUUGUUUUUACUCGCCCUGCUCUCUUCGAAAGAACUGAAUGCUAAACAGAGUCGAUUGCAAGAUGACCAUCACAAACUUGCAGCUGUGACUUCAAGAGAAAGUUGAAAGGAAAUGUGAACUGGUUAUGGAAAGUUCCUUGGAAAUAUUAUACUGCAUGCUUUCCACUGGGCCACACACUAGACUAUCAGCACUUCUGUGUGUGUGCCGGAGCAUGUCGUGGGAUCAGCUUGUAAAUGGACGGGUAACAACUGAAUUGUGCUUCAUUGUUGUGAGAUUACUGGCACAUAUAGAGUCUAAAUCCAAAAAUAUGUUGUAAAAGAGAAAUAGAAAAGUCUGUAUCAAAAUGUGGCUUCACUGCUACUCGACUUGUCUAAGAUCUAAAGAUGGUAACUGGUGCUUUCAUGCUUGCCUGUGUGACGGCAGCAUGGCAGCAUUUCAGACCUGAGCCAGCACCGAUGUGGAUAUUAUGUACAGUAGCAACUUUGUGAUGUCAAGUCAGAAAAAAACGUUACCAGUGGAGUGAACAAACAGUAUCUGUGCCAAAUGGAGCUGAAUAUAUAUCUUUGAUCAACCAGCAUAACAUGGAGGAUGCGACUAUUUUGUAAAGUUUAAGUUGUGCUUUGAUUUAAGUUCUCUAUCCAUUGUCAGCAGCUCGAUACAGAAAGCACAUAUUAUGUCCAAUGUGUGCUCCAUCGUACAACUCUAUCCGUUUUUCUAUCUAUUCGUCAUGUUGCCAAAUUCUAAACUUCCUGUCUGUCCUCAUUAAUAAGCUGCCACACUUACUGUACUGUCAAAAACUCAAAUGUUCAGGCUUGAGGUUGAGCUACUUCAAACAAAUGUUGUUUCCAAUGCUACAUUAAAGAAGCCAGGCUACACAUAAACAGGGACCAUGUGAAUUAGAGUUGUGCUUGUAAUGCUUUAUAGUCCAAAAAAUCGUAUCCAUGGUUUCCAUUAAUGACAGAUUGUCAUUACGGGUCAUCUGUGUCAUAUACAAAUCGUGGAACGUACCAAAAUCCUCAUCUAAAUGUGAGCACUUUAUAGACUUCAUAGCCUGUUUUGUCAAAGAUGUAAAAGUAGGGAUUUGGGUAUGUUAAAUUAGGCAUUUUAAAACAAAUCUCUGAACUGGAACACAGGUAUAAUCCAGAUGCAAUGAUGCUACACCACUGCAUUAGGAACAUUUAGUUUGAAACUUGAAAUCGAGAACGAAGGCUUAUAUGUUAAUGAGAAGAUAAGUGGAACAGCGAAACGCAAAGUAAGAUAGAGACAAAACUACAGUCGGGAUUUUUCUCUUCUCGUGCUCAAUAUUAUUAUUUGUUUACAUUUUUAAGUAUUAAACAGCUGUUUGAGUCUGUUACGCAUUGUGUAUAGUUACUCUUUACAUUGUGAAAUAAAAAAUUCAUACAUUUUGAAAAAAA